AGCCCCCUCUCCCUUUGUCAACAUUCACAACAACCAGAGGAGAGGGUUAGAAGAUUCUCAAACUAAAUGACACUGGGGCUCAAGCAACUUCUGCCGAUGACGUGUACCUCGCCAACUUUCUCCAUAACCAGUGUAGCCACCCUCAAGACCUCCAAAGACCUGCCUGGCUCAUAUUCGAGAUGUUUCUCUUUGCUCGUAAAACCAAGACCCCCAUCAGCACCUAUACGGACUCCUACCGGCCUCCGAACACCUUGAAGAAGACCUUUGAGGACCCACCACUGGCCCUAUGGAGCGAGAACAAGUUUAUAACACAGGGUUUGACUGUGCCCAGAGUGGACCACCCAGUUGACCAAAACCACCUGGAGAAGAUGGUCAAGAGGGCAGUGGAGGAAUACUCGUAUAGGAACUCAAUAGAGCCAUCAGCUUACCGGCCGUACAAAUAUUGGGUGACCCGGGAAGAAGAGAAAUUCAACCCAGUCUUCAUUGGUGACGACAGGUAUGCAACGUGGCGAACUGGGCCGUACAACAGCGCGGCAUGGAACAGAUACACCACCUACCUUCCACGGAUCCCUAAGGAGGCUGGGAUGGAGACCAUACUUCGUGGGAUGCCCAUGCAGUACCCUCCGAAACCAGAGCGUCUCAACAACUACGAACGGGAAGUCGUGGUGAACAUGUUGAACAGCUUGUCUCGGAAGCAGCUGCCAUCCAUCCAGCAUCACUACACCAUUCCGGGAAGGAUGCCCUACCAAGGUUACUACAGCCCCUGCACUGGACGCCACUACUGCUUGCGAGGCAUGGAUUACUAUGUGGACGGAGCCCCCACAAAUGAGAGGCAGAUCAGCCAACUAGUUGAGAAGAUUGAGUUUCCCAUACUACGACCACCACCAAGAGAUGAUGCUCUGUGCACACAUGCCCAGCCUGCUUCCAUCUUUCCCGUAUAUGAACCUUAGAUGGGACACAAGCCAUUUCAAGAGGACUGGAGGGGCCCAGAGAGACAGCUAUAUCAUCCACCCGGAGUUUGUGUCGGAGUCUUACCCAAGCCCACCAUGUUGGUAGUAAAGAGACGAG